AGUUAUGAAAUUAUGAAACUGCACUUGUAAUAUAUAUUAACGUUAAAACCUUUAUUAUUUUGUAUAAUAUUAAUAUUUAGUUGUAGGACUGUGAUUCCGUCUCGUAAACAAACAUGGCGGCGCCCAUUAUUGAGGUGCGUGAAACAGAAGCUGAAGUUGCAAGAGAGCUUUGCAGCUUGGUAGCUAAAAAAGCAAACCAAGCGAUAGAACAGAAAGGAGUAUUUACGGUUGGUGUAUCAGGUGGCAGCUUACAGAAACACCUGUGCAAUGGACUUCCAGGUGAAACAACUGACUGGACCAAAUGGCAUAUAUUCUUCUGUGAUGAACGUGUUGUGCCCUUUGACAAUGACGACAGCACAUACAAGUACUAUAGGGACAAUCUGCUGGGGAAGGUUCCCUUACCAAAGGAAAAUCUAGUGCCUAUUGACCCCUCUUUACCAGCAAGUGAGGCAGCAACUGACUAUAUAUCCAAGCUCCGUAAAGUGUUUCCAGGCACUGAGCUCCCAAGGUUUGAUAUGCUGCUGUUAGGGAUGGGACCAGAUGGCCAUACAUGCUCUCUGUUUCCUGGACACAAAUUGCUGGAUGUUACAGAUGUCAUAGUGGCAAGUAUAACAGAUUCACCCAAGCCUCCCCCUCAGAGAAUUACAUUGACACUGCCAGUUGUUAACAAUACUGCUUGUGCUGUGUUUAUGUCUUGUGGAGAAAGUAAGGCAGAAAUAUUGAAGCGAGUUCUGGAGGGAAGUGAGGCAGACCCACUUCCAGCAGCCAGAGUGAGACCAACCAACGGAGAAUUGCACUGGUUUCUUGACCAAUCAGCUGCCAAGCUUCUCAAGUCGUGACUGACAUGUGUUACGAAGAGCAUGCUUUGACUAUCUUAUACAUUCUGUGUUGAAAAGAGUAAUGGAAAACUAAUCCAGACUAACAAUUAAGUCUAAUAACUAACAAAGUUACAAGUAUUUGUUUGGCAUUAUUUGAUCCAGGAUUUUAUUUUUCUCUUUGAGUAUGAGUGCCGAUCGAACAGACAGGCAAAAAUGGAAGAUUUAAAAGAAAACAUUUUGACUCCAUAUUAAUUUCCUACUUUGUUGACCUGUGGUCUCAGAGAAAGGCAGAAAGUAUAUUUGUUAUGAUUGAAUGUUUUUGACAUUUAAACUUUGGAUACAAUAGUUGGAAUAAUGGUACUUAUUCUUAUAAAGAACAAAGAGAACAGAUAUUGACUAAGCUUAAUGAUAAUGUUCUUUUUAUUGAGUUAAGAUUCGAAUAAAGAGUCUCUGUAAUAUUUACAAAGGUGAAGUUGAGAAAGGACUCCACAAAUUAUGCUUUAAAGGGGUGAUUUCUGACUGAAUUAUAAUGGUUAUGCAUUAAUGACAGAAUUUUGAGGAAAAAUUUCCCUCACACAGGCAUUUACCGUUUACACAUGUUAAUGCUAAUGUUAAAACAUUUUAUUUUACGUCUUUAGAUAUACAAGUUUAAAAUUUUAACCCACAUACAGUAGUUGCAAUCUCAUUUUUCAGACAAUGUUUCCUGUCUUUUAAGGAAUGAAGAUGUGAUUUUAUGUUGACUGAAGAAGGAGAUUCUACAGUGUUUAACUAUCGUAGCUGCAGAAACUCCUCAGUACUAUUAGUGAUUUAAAUCAGAAUCAAAUAAAAACUGUGAAGU